GACGUCAGCGGGGAGGGAGGGGCCUCUCGAAGCGAGCUUUCCCUUUGGCGGCGGGUUCGAAGCGUCGCCUUUGGAUGGAUCCGUGUGAGCAUAAGAGUGACGGUGGCCGGCGAAGGACAAGAUUAGGCACGAUACGUGUUUUUGAAAUGCGCCUUGUGGAGAUCCUGUGAGAGAAGGAUCAACACGUUUGGGGGAUGGCUGGGGAAAGCCAAGAAAAGCCCAGGAUGAACUUUCCUUUCCCAUAUGCACCAUACCCUAUUCAAGAAGAAUUCAUGGCAAAACUAUAUCAGGUUUUGGAAAGGGGAAAGAUUGGCAUCUUUGAGAGCCCGACUGGCACAGGGAAAUCUUUGAGUCUUAUUUGUGGAGCCCUUACUUGGCUCCGAGACUUUGAAGAGAAAAAGAAACAGGAAGAGGCCCAGCUCUUGGCAGGUGAAAUUAAUGGGAAGGAUACAAACAAACAGCUUGAGAAAGGCAGCACAGAGUCUGCAACCAGCCAGCUGUCAACUGGAGAGCCAGACUGGAUAACUCAAUUCGUGCAAAAGAAGGAAGAGCGGGAAACAACACAGAGACUGAAGGAAGAACAAAUUAGGAAGAAAAAACGAGAAGAACGUCUGGAGCAAAUUCGUCACAAUGUGCACCUGAAAUACGCCUCUAAAAGAAAGAGAAAUGAGGAGGAGGAAGAAAUGAAGCAGUUGCUCCAGCUCAGUCAGGACAUCUUGUCCAGCCCAAGUGAGUCAGGUGCUUUGGAGCCAUUGGAUCAGGGUGAGGAAGAACUGAUCCUUGCAGAGUAUGAGAGCGAUGAUGAGAAGAAAGUGGGAAACAGGUUAAGUGAAGCUGAAGAAGAUGAUGAUAUAGAAGAGGAGCAUGUGACAAAGAUUUACUAUUGCAGUCGAACACAUUCUCAGCUGGCCCAGUUUGUGCAUGAAGUUCAGAAGAGCCCAUUUGGCAAGGAGAUACGGCUGGUGUCCUUGGGGUCUCGACAGAACCUGUGUGUGAAUGAAGAGGUGCGGAGCAUGGGAGCUGUCCAGCUCAUCAAUGAUCGUUGUAUGGAGAUGCAAAAGAAUAAACACGAAAAGAAGAGUACAGGAGAAGAAACUGAAAAGAAGAAAACGAGAGUAAGCCGGACAGUGUGUCCAUUUUACUCCUAUGAGCACAUGCAGUUUCUUCGGGAUGAAGUUUUGGUCCAGGUCAAAGAUAUAGAGCAGCUGGUGACUCUGGGGAAGGAACUGAAGGCCUGCCCUUACUAUGGAAGCCGAUACGCCAUCCCAGCUGCUCAGCUGGUGAUAUUGCCAUAUCAAAUGCUUCUGCAUGACGCUACUAGAAGUGCAUCUGGCAUCAAGCUAAAGGAUCAGGUUGUGAUCAUUGAUGAAGCCCACAAUCUGAUUGAUACCAUCACCUCCAUCUACAGUGCCCAAGUUAGUGGGUCUCAGCUAUGCUGUGCUCAUUCCCAGCUGUUGCAGUACAUGGAACGAUAUAGGAAACGCUUGAAAGCAAAGAACCUGAUGUAUAUUAAACAGAUUCUGUUUUUGCUGGAGAGAUUUGUUAUUGUUCUGGGAGGAAAUGUAAAUCAAAAUCCCAAGACACAGAAUAUCUUAGAGGCAGGGGUGGAGCUGAAAUCCAUCAACGACUUCCUCUUCCAGUGUCAGAUUGACAAUAUCAAUCUCUUCAAAGUUCAGCACUACUGUGAGAAAAGUCUAAUCAGCCGGAAGUUAUUUGGGUUUGUUGAGCGAUACGGAGCGGCUGGAGCACUGAAAAUAAGAAAGGCAGACCAGAAGAUGUCUGGCUUGCAGAAUUUCCUGGAAACGUUGAAUAAGAGGCAAGGGAAGGAAGCCAUUCCACAAGAUGCCUCUGAAGAGGCUGAGGAUGACCAGCCCAAAAUGGCAUCUCCUCUGAUGCACAUCGAGGGGUUUCUAGCUGCCUUGACAAAUGCAAACCAAGACGGAAGAGUAAUCCUCUCCAAGCAAGGCACUCUAGCUCUCAGCAGCCUCAAAUUUCUUCUUCUGAAUCCAGCAGUGCACUUUGCCCAAGUGCUGAAGGAAUGUCGGGCUGUGAUCAUCGCCGGGGGCACCAUGCAACCCAUAGCUGAUUUCCGGGAACAGCUGCUCCAAAGCGCAGGUGCCAGUGCUGACAGGAUUGAAGAGUUCUCCUGUGGUCAUGUGAUUCCCCCAGACAACAUUUUACCCAUCAUCCUCUGCAGCGGUCCAUCCAAUCAGCAGCUGGAAUUCACCUAUGAGAAGAGAGGCCUGCCUCAGAUGAUGGAGGAGACAGGCAGGAUUCUUUGCAACUUGUGCAACAUUGUCCCUGGUGGGAUGGUGUGCUUCUUCCCUUCCUAUGAAUAUGAGAAGCAGGUGUACAUGCACUGGUGCAAGACGGGGCUGCUAACUCAACUGGCUGCAAAGAAGAAGAUUUUUCAAGAACCAAAGAGAGCCAACCAAGUGGAGCAGGUGCUGGCUGAGUAUGCCAAGUGCAUCAAGCGUUGCAACCAAACAGUGGGGCCCAUGACAGGUGCGCUGCUGUUUUCAGUAGUUGGUGGGAAAAUGAGUGAAGGAAUCAAUUUCUCUGAUGACCUGGGAAGGUGUGUGAUCAUGGUGGGCAUGCCCUAUCCCAACAUCAAGUCUCCAGAACUUCAAGAGAAAAUCGCUUACCUUGAUAAGACAAUGCCCAAAGCAGCAGGCCAGGCCCCAGGCAGGACGCUUAUUGACAACUUGUGCAUGAAAGCAGUCAACCAGUCAAUAGGGAGAGCCAUUCGACAUCAAAAGGACUUUGCUAGCAUUGUGCUCUUAGAUCACAGGUAUUCACGCCCAGCUAUUUUCAACAAGCUGCCUCAGUGGAUUAAAAGCCAAACUCAGGUCAAGGCUGGUUUUGGACCAGCAUUUGCAGCACUAAGAAAGUUCCACUGGGAGAAGAGAUCAAAUGGUAAAGCUGUAUCUUCUUGAUUACUACAUUAUUUAGAUUACCACUUUGUUUAUUGUUUAUUGUUAAUAAUGUGUACAUAUUUUCCAUUCUAAUAAUUACAUUUUUUUCA